CGAAGGAGAAGUAAGCCUCAGACAGCAUUUCCUUUUAAGAAACUGAAGAGUACCAUAGGAAAGCUGUGUCGCUGUAUCAUGUGCUGUUUGUGCUUCUGAAGUGUCCGGCGGAUUUUUAAUUAUAUGAGCCUCAAAACGGAGUCAUGUAAAGAGGGUCAGAGACGAACACGAAAAGUGGCCACCAUCAGCAUGAGGAGCCCAGCAAGUCAGCCUGGUGAGAUGAGAAAAACAAAAUGCAGCUUUCAAGGUUCACUUCAAGCAGUUGGCGUGUGGGACUCUGAGAGAUGCUGCUGCCCAUGACAUGUUGGGAUUACCAUGAUCAACUACCCAGUUUGGAUUUCAACCAGUGGCCAGGAGCUUUGCAUGGUGGACAGCAAGGGUUGGAUUUUUAAAAAGAGUAAACCAGGCCCGUGACCAAGGUGUAGACUAAGAGGUGGAGUCAUGCUUCACACGGCCAUAUCAUGUUGGCAGCCAUUCCUGGGUCUGGCUGUGGUGUUACUCUUCAUGGGAUCCACCAUUGGCUGCCCUGCUCGCUGUGAGUGCUCUGCCCAGAACAAAUCCGUAAGCUGCCACAGAAGGCGGCUGAUCGCCAUCCCCGAGGGCAUACCCAUUGAGACCAAAAUCUUGGACCUCAGCAAGAACAGGCUGAAGAGUGUCAACCCUGAAGAGUUCAUAUCCUAUCCUCUGCUGGAGGAGAUAGAUUUGAGUGACAACAUCAUCGCCAAUGUGGAGCCCGGAGCUUUUAACAAUCUCUUUAACCUUCGUUCCCUCCGCCUCAAAGGUAACCGCCUGAAACUGGUCCCCUUAGGGGUCUUCACGGGGCUAUCCAACCUCACCAAGCUGGACAUUAGUGAGAAUAAGAUUGUCAUUUUACUGGACUACAUGUUCCAGGACCUGCACAACCUGAAGUCUCUAGAGGUGGGGGACAACGAUUUGGUUUAUAUAUCACACAGGGCUUUCAGCGGACUGCUUAGCUUGGAACAGCUCACCCUGGAGAAAUGCAACCUCACGGCAGUACCAACAGAAGCCCUUUCCCACCUCCGCAGCCUCAUUAGCCUGCAUCUGAAGCAUCUCAAUAUCAACACUAUGCCCGUGUAUGCCUUUAAACGACUGUUCCACCUGAAACAUCUGGAGAUCGACUAUUGGCCAUUACUGGAUAUGAUGCCUGCCAAUAGCCUCUAUGGUCUCAACCUCACAUCCCUCUCCAUCACCAAUACCAACCUGUCCACAGUCCCCUUCCUCGCCUUUAAACACUUGGUGUAUCUGACCCACCUCAACCUCUCCUACAAUCCCAUCAGCGCCAUCGAAGCCGGCAUGUUCUCGGACCUGAUCCGCCUUCAGGAGCUUCACAUAGUGGGCGCCCAGCUCCGCACCAUUGAGCCUCACUCCUUCCAAGGGCUCCGCUUCCUCCGUGUGCUCAAUGUGUCUCAGAAUCUACUGGAGACUUUGGAAGAGAACGUCUUCUCCUCCCCUAGGGCUUUGGAGGUCCUGAGCAUCAACAACAACCCUCUGGCCUGCGACUGCCGUCUCCUGUGGAUCCUGCAGCGGCACCCCACGCUGCAGUUCGGGGGCCAGCAGCCCAUGUGUGCCGGCCCCGACACCAUCCGCGAGAGAUCGUUCAAGGAUUUCCACAGCACUGCCCUUUCUUUUUACUUUACCUGCAAAAAACCCAAAAUCCGUGAAAAGAAGCUGCAGCAUCUGCUAGUGGACGAAGGGCAGACGGUCCAACUCGAAUGCAGCGCGGACGGAGACCCUCAGCCUGUCAUUUCCUGGGUGACGCCGCGGAGGCGUUUUAUCACUGCCAAGUCCAACGGAAGAGCCACCGUGUUGGGUGACGGCACCUUGGAAAUCCGCUUUGCCCAGGAUCAAGACAGCGGGAUGUACGUUUGCAUCGCCAGCAACGCGGCGGGGAACGACACCUAUACGGCCUCUUUAACGGUGAAAGGCUUCACCUCAGACCGCUUCCUUUAUGCCAACAGGACCCCUAUGUACAUGACAGACUCCAACGACACCAUGUCCAACGGCACCAAUGCCAACACUUUCUCCCUGGACCUCAAAACAAUACUGGUGUCUACGGCCAUGGGCUGUUUCACAUUCCUGGGAGUGGUUUUAUUUUGUUUUCUCCUCCUUUUUGUGUGGAGCCGAGGGAAAGGCAAGCAUAAAAACAGCAUUGACCUCGAGUAUGUGCCCCGAAAAAACAAUGGUGCUGUUGUGGAAGGGGAGGUGGCUGGACCCAGAAGGUUCAACAUGAAAAUGAUCUGAGGGUCUAGCACUCACGCUGUUGAUUCUGGGCCGGUGUUGGUCACCAGUGAGACAGCUGGCACAAUCAUGACUAGGUUAGAAGGUGGACUCCUGCAGCUGCCCUGUAGCAAAGCAGGGUCCAUGGAGCAGGAGGACUUCUCAUGGAGACUCUCCACCUAGAGGGAGGCAGGCAGACACGUGCCGGAGCCCUUCACAGUGGGAUACUAAUUGUUUGCAUUGCAAAUAUCGGCAUUCUGGGGAUCUCAGUAAUGAACCUGAACCUUUGGCUCAUGCUCAUGGACAGUUACUCCACAUUUUCUACCAUGGCAAAAACAAAAGAAAAAAACAAGGAACAACCUACAAUGUAGGAUUUACAUAUUAAAAAGACACAUUUGUCAAAAACAUACUCUACGGAAAAAUUUGUAUCUAUGAUUCUCAUUUGUUAAAGCCUUGCAUCAUACCAUAUUGUUGGUUCAGCACCACAAUGAAAUCAAUAUAUUCUUUACUCUUUUUUUUUGAAACAUAUAUGCUGUAUAUGUUUUAAAGCAAUAUGAAUGAGAGGUUGUGCUUUUAGUUACUCACCACUAUAGAUCCAAGUGUGAUUUCACCUUCCUUUCCAUAGAGAUGACCCCGAGACUAGAUCCCUGGAGUUAUGGGCGGAGAGUUGUGGGACCAUGCGUUUGUCUGAUAUAGGAUGCCAAGAAAUAGGGCCCAAGGCAAAACUGCUCAACUCUGUUAACUUCUGUUACUAUAAAUAAAGGCAUGUGCCUAGUUUUGAUACAGAAUGGAAUAUUUUUUAUACUUGUGAUAUCACCCUGGACCAGUUUACUGUAACAAAGCCCUCGGGUUCUCCAGAAGGUUGUGUGCCACUUAGUUGUACCUGUAAAAGGCAAAGUAGGUGUUUGUGAGGAAGAUUAUCCGUUUAAACACAACUUGGUUUUCCUUUCAUCAGUUGCUGCUAAUGGGUUAAUAGAAAGAGCACGUAGUUGUUAUCUAUACUCAUAGGGUAAUACUGACCUUGUAGCAGAGAUCAAGGAUUCGGAUGUUCAAAAGCUCUGUGGAUAAGGAGUUCUCCUCCGAUGCCAGCACAAACCAGGGUGACCCAGACAAGCAGCUGAGGAUCUGUUACAGUGAUAGCUGUCUGAAGCCUGGACUGCUGCAGUCACAGGAAGUAACCAGCUACCACGCUGAUGUUUUCCAUUCAGAUAUGUACUGUACAUACAGUAUUACCUUGAAUGGGUAACUUCAGGGCUUUUCCCUACUUCCUUUUAGCUUGAGAAUUGUCUUGUGUACACAAGAGGAAUCCGUCUCAUUUUUAAAGAGGUGAGGAGAAAUAAGGUUAAUUAAAAAGCACUGGUUUUUCCCUCUACUCUAUAGGGAGUAGAGGGAAAAACCAGGCUCGAGAGUCCUACAAAUGGGUUAAAUUGUGCAGGUACUUUGACCCCUCUGACCCAAGGAUCUCUGUCCAGUUCAGUUUGUAUUAAUGACUGUUACUCAAAGUUAAAACAUGAUAGUGUUUGUUUGUUUGUUUGUUUGUUGAUGGCAUCCUGCCCCUACCACCAGUGAUCUGGUUCAAAUGAGACAUAAUUCCGUUUGGCUAAAUGUUCAGUGAAUGGCUUUCAAGGCAUAUAUUCAUAUCUGAGAAAGCACUGAAUGCAGAGCGGAUUCCUGAAAUGUGAUCUAUUUAAUCAGCAAAGGACAGAUAGGAAAUGUCCAUUCUUUAUACAUUUGAGAGGGACCUGAAAGUGAGCCCCCUUUUGGACAGAUGAGUGGGAAGUUUCUUAGGUUUGUUUCUUGACAUACCACCUGGGGGUUUGACUUUCAAAAAGCUGGCUUUUUUUUUUUUUAUCAUUUGAAAUUUUGAGGAGCUUCAAUAAAAUUAAAUUGACCCCAAUAAAAAAGUGACAGGUCCAGAAAUCGUUUUGCCGAUUGGAUAGUAGCAUAGUUAAACCCCUUUCUCCCUUAAUAAAGGGUGGAAAUGAGACAGAAAGAUUGAAGCAUUGCCUCUAUAGUCAUUUUUCAUUUGACUUUCCUAAUGACUAUCAUAGAUCUUUUAGAAAUUCAUUUUCCACUUUUGGAAAUUACUUCAUAUUACAUAUCCAAUAUUACAAAUCAAGACUUUUCUGUAACUCCUAUUUCCCAUGUGCAGGUGGAAUGGGGUCUUUCAAACUGAAAAGAGAAAGUGGAGGGCUAGUCUUCCACAACUUAAUAGAAAAUACUUCAUCUUCAUUUUGCACUGUUGUAUUUGCAACUCAUUGUCCAACAAGAGAAAACAUCGAGCAAUUAAUAAAAGGGCUUUGUGACUGUAGCUGUUCUUUUCUGUUAAAUUAAAAUUGACCAAAAGCAGCUUAGUAAAUGAAACGGAGUUCAAAUGAACCCAUCCACAAAAAGAUUAAGUGAAAAGAUUUUGUGGUUAUUCCAUUAGAAGAAGUGAGACUUCACUCUUUUAGGGACUUCCACGCUCUGAUCUGUGGAACAACAGGUAUUUAAGAUAUCAGCAAGCACUCUUCCAAAAGAAAGAUGGGAUAGACUACUAAAUUGGGAAAAUGCUGCAUUCUUUAACCACCUCUUGACGUUUAAAUAUACAUGAGCCUAAUGAAUUCUCUGCAAGUCCUAGAAAAAAGAAUUCUGUUUAAUAUUGCUCACCUUAGGGUUUCUCUAUAAUUUAUUUGAGUGCAAAGCUUUUCCUUUUCUGAUAUAACUAUUAACAUUUUGAAAAACUGGAGUUCCGACAAACCCAGUUUGGUCGACAGUGAACUAAAGUUGUGCUCUUCCAAAGUAUUCCUAAACCAGUGUUACCACUAAGAGCAAAACUACUAUUUGAAUUGGGGUCCAACAGAUAAUAAAAUAUACCACCUGCAAACGUGAUCAGGUCAUAAGAAUCUAUUGGCCAGAUAUUUCUUGGAGAAUUCACUACUUUCUGCCAGAAACAUCACAGUAAUGCUUUUAUUGUUAAUUCAAUAGCUACUUAAUUUUCUCCAUUCUCACUAGCGGUGCAGAUCUUGGGUUUCUUUGUAUAUCUGUAAAGCUCUGAACGUGGGUUCCGUUAACUAGCUCUAGGGCUUAGUAUGGAGUUACACAUAAGGAAUUUUCCCUUAUGGCUUUAAAUUACCUCUUGAUUAGAGCAAAGUAGACCAAGGUAGAGAAUAACAGCUCUGAGAGCACACGGGCCAAAUUCUCUCCUAAGUAGCCCUGAGUCAGCCUCUUCCUAGAGGAUUUGUCUUAAAGUGCUGCAAGAAGAAAUACAGUUGUUUGGCUCAGCACUUAGUUCUAGGUUGACCAGUUCAGUUGUGUGUGUGUGUGUGUUGUGUGUCUAUAUCAUUUUCAAAUAAAUUUUAUUUUCUCCAGGUAUUAAAUCUCUAGAAGAACAAAUUCUCUAACUAGAACCCUAAUAGUCUGAGAGAAUUGAUCCAUGUCUGCAAUGCAUAUUACCAGAAUAAAGUAACUCACCAAUCUGGCUUAUUGUGUUCGUGGUGAGGGAUUUCUACUUGUCCAAAUUCUCUUAGUACUCACUUAUUUAAACCUCAUUUCAUUUGCACUGCAUUUAUAGUUACGAGCUUUUCAAAUAUUCUCAUAAUCUGAAAAUGUAAACCAAGAAUUGCCAAGAUUUACAAAUCCUGGUUCCUGAGGACUUGGGUCAGAUUUCUAGGUUUGCUCAAGCUUCUCAGAAAUUUUGCUUCUCACCACCAACUCCCCAGUAGUAUGAAGGCAUUCAGGAUUUGCUCUACAGAGUCAAGGGUGGAUUCUUUUUUCGUUGUUCUGUCAAAUAUUUUGCUCUCCUCAGUUCUCAGAGAAGCCCAGGAGUUACAUAAUCUUCUAUGACUUUUUUAGAAAAAGGAUUAUUUAAAUCUCACCUGCAUUGACACCUGACUUUUGUCACUUUCCAUGACUCAAGUAGGAACAAAUAUAUUUAUAUUUUAGAACGUACAAAAGAGAGGAUGUGAUCUUGGAGAAGAAAAAUUGAGUACAGUCCCAUGUAAAUUAACUUACCCUUCCAGGUUCUCCCUUCAUCUCUGGGUCAAAACAUUGGUUUUAACUUCAGGGACUGUGCUCAGAAGCUGUUCAGCAACAUGUAAUAUCUCUUGAGGUUUUCUAGGAAAGAAAAAAAAUACAUCAUUUUCAGCAUAGAAGGCUAAGACUUGACAAAAAGACAUUAUCGAGGGUUUAAAGAAAGGUUAGAGAGAGAUACUUGGAUCCAUUUUAAUUCCAUUUCCUCUGUUGCUAAAAUUUACAGUUACGGUCUUCUGAGAAAGAAUCCUAAAUUAUGUUCUUCUUUAAAUUUAGUUUCUGUGUUAUCUCUAUUUCCCAUGUCCCGGUCACCUUUAUGUAACUCACACGAUCUAUUCCAAAUGGAUUUUGUGGCAUGUGAAACUAGUAUCAAAAAUCUUUGGGGCCAAAGCCCAUUCAUUCUAUUUGGUCCUUAGGUAAAGAUACAUAAUUCUUUAUUACUAGGACUGGGAUCUAGCAACAGUCCCCAUUGGACGUGUACAUCCUGUACCUGGUUAUUUGCAUGGAUUUCCCACCAACGGCUUGGGGAGCUCUGUCCUUUUUUGUAGAAUCCUUGAUACUUUCUGAUUGAGGAGUUUGAGUUACUUUGCCCUUGUGUGCAGGAAGCCUGGAGGACUGAAAUAUUAUCUGACUUGCUAAUUUCAGAAUUACAUGCAUUGUUUAGGCACCAGACGGUGCUUCCUGAUAUUUUGGCAAACACUUGAUGAAUCUCUCUCUUACUGUCCCCUCAGCUCCUUCAAAAGCCAUUCCCAAGAGAACACUCUCAUUCUUACUGUAGUUAAAGUGUGGCGACUUCACAACUGAAGUCUACAAGAUCAAAAUGCUAGCUGAUUUGUUACAUUAUUUACCUAAGUCAUAUAAUAAAAACUGGGCCUAAAGGCAAUAAAAGUCUAGAUUUGCAAGGUUUAGCCAAGUCAACUAUGGUUUAAAUCAACAAUGACAGGUUUUCAAAUCUGAAAUUGGUUCAUCUGUUUUGGGAGCAGUAAAUGUGGCUGUAUUUCUCAAAAAAAAAAA